CCGACGCACACACGGGACCCAACGCAACUCAACGACAACUCAACGAUCAACGACAACACAACGAUAACUCAAACUCAGUGAGAAUGUUAGUGUUAAAUACGGUCCUCCUCGCGUGCCUCCUCACCGGCGUCAGGACGGCGAUCCGGACGCCGCUCGAAGCCUUCCGGCCUUCCGGAGAAAUCAACAUCAGGAGGCCGGAUAAGCUUCCGAUCCUCCCGCACCGAAGAUCCCCGGCUCAGCCGAAGAGCGGACUCAAGAUACUGUACCAAACCGGAGGUUCGGAAGAGGAGCUGCCCGACUGCCGGGCGCGGCAGGUGUGCAGCAAGGUGGACCUGUACGACUCCGCACAACCCUGGAUCGAGAGGAAAUGUCGGUGUCUGGGCCACAGACCGUGUUCUAGCGAACUAUCAGCGGACGACAACCACACUUUGGAAGACAAGACGACGUUGUACAAAACCUGCGAGCCGGUCAAACAUUUGCCCAAGUGCCGUUACUUCAAGGACGCCGCGUGGAUCAUCUAUUCGUUUCCCGACAGCAACGCCACACAGCAGAUAGUGAACUGCCACUGCCCGAAGCAGUCAGUCACUUACCUCCUCAAGAAGCUACCGUACACGACACCUAGCGGCGAACAGGGAAACCAGUACCAGUUCGCGUGCUCGCCGCAGAGUAGGCUCCGGUGUUCCCGCAAGGAGCCAUGCAAGCUGUUCAGCGUGCGACGCCGCCACGAGCAGAUAGACGAGGUGAACGCGAGCACCAUCUGUCAGUGCCCCCGCGACCACACCUGCCCCAAACACCACACUGAGCUGGGCGUCCUCCCAGGCGUCACGUACGUCGCAGAGGACAUCCGCACCUACCACGGUUACUGCAUGGCCGAACCCCCGCCCGACAACUACAGAUUCGUCGGAGACAAAGACUGAAACAUUAACGAAUGCUCAUCACCUGUUUAGUACAAAGCGGUUUAAGAAUCGUAGUUUAAGUAUACGAUACGUGUAUUGUACCAUCAGAAAUUCAUAGCAUUUACGGACCAACUUUAUUUAGGGCCGGUUUCACCACUUGCUGAUAAGUGCCGGAUAGGCUAUACACUACUUAUCUGAUAGAUACUCCACACUGUCAGAUAAGU